UGCGAAGGUCAUUCACAUCUUGACCUAGACAAUUAUGAUUACACUAUCUGUCUUACUAGCUCUUUUGAUUGGUGGAACAGAAGAUGGAGUCUUCCCUGAUUGGCAAUCUAGUGAAAAUUGGAACGAAAGUCCCAUUGAAUACUUACUCCCAACGUUGGUGAAUUUCUACAAUCAGCAUUCAAGCGAGCCGUUUAAAUAUGUAGCUUUUGACGCAAACGAAACUCUGGUGUCUGAUUCUCAUGGAUUUAAGUACAUCUUCAACGUUCUAUUAGCUCCUUCAACUUGCGCCAAAUACAGUGUUGGCUACGUAUCCCUUGCAAACCUUGGUCGUUGCAAAUUGAGGGAGUAUGAGUUCAGGCGUUGUAUAUUUUCACUGCGUUAUCGACAGGGUCUGCUGUUUGAUAACAGCAGUCUGUCUCUCGAGAACUGUAUGCCUGCCAGUCCGAAAAUCCCGGAGAACCCCCAGUAUCUAGGCUUUAAACUUCCUGAAAAUGUGGAUGAAUUGUACGCGAAUUUCAAGUGGUCAUACAGGAAACAAUAUCAGGGGACAGAAAAUGAGAUAAGAUUCAAUAUCUUUAAAACUAACCUACUAAAAGCUCAACUGUAUCAAGUACUCGAAAGAGGUUCAGCUGUUUAUGGUGUCACACCCUUUUCAGACUUAACAAGUGAAGAAUUCGCACGUACCCAUCUAAUGGCCUCUUGGGAUUCACCCUUGAAAAGUAGUGAAAAGAUUUCUUUGGCUGGAAAAGUUGAAGAUAUACCAGAAAAUUUUGACUGGAGAGAAAAAGGUGCUGUGACUGGUGUUAAAGACCAAGGCAUGUGUGGCUCUUGUUGGGCAUUUUCCACGACUGGCAAUAUUGAAGGCCAAUGGUUCCGUAAGACUGGAAAACUAUUAUCUUUAAGUGAACAGCAACUUGUUGAUUGUGAUAAAUUAGACGAUGGUUGUGGCGGUGGUUUGCCAUUGAACGCUUAUGAAUCAAUUAUUCGUAUGGGUGGACUAAUGACUGAAGACGCUUAUCCAUAUGAUGCUAAAGAUGAAAAAUGUCAUUUAAAAAUUAAUAAUAUUGCAGCAUACAUUAAUAGUUCUGUUAGUUUACCAGAAGAUGAAAAUCAAUUAGCCGUCUGGUUAUAUCAUAAUUCAACAAUCAGUGUUGGAAUGAAUGCAAUGCUCCUGCAGUUUUAUCGUCAUGGGAUUAGUCAUCCGUGGAAAAUUCUCUGCUCAAAAUAUAUGCUUGAUCAUGCAGUUCUACUUGUUGGUUAUGGAGUUUCUGAAGAGAAUGUACCCUAUUGGAUUGUUAAAAAUAGUUGGGGCGUUGAAUGGGGUGAAAAGGGUUAUUUCCGUAUGUAUCGUGGUGAUGGUACCUGUGGUAUUAAUACAGUAGCUACAUCAGCUGUGAUUUAUUGAUUCUGUGACAUCUUGUUGCCUGUGAUUCCAACAAUUCAGAAGAAGAAUGGAAGGAUAAUUCCUAUGAGUUUGUGUUCAUCAUCGCCAUCCCUCCAUCAUCAUCAUCAGUAUAACCGGGUUACUUUUAUUUUCAUGCUCUGAUAUUUUGACGAUUAUUGGGCUAUAAUAAAGAUCUGACAAGUUCAUUAUUAUUAUUAUUAUUAUUAUUAUUAUUAUUAUUAUUAUUAUUAU